CUUGCUAGUUGUACACAACUCUAUAUAUAUUGGGAGGAAGUGAAAGUUCAUCGUCCAAGCCCCUAAUUCAACACGACCCAUCGUGAAUUUACUAUGAGUUGCGCUGAUAGUCGAUCACCAAAUAUACUUUGACAAGUGAGAACUAUGAUAUCUGGGUAAAAGCAGCUAUCAAUGGUCUUGAAGCAAAAAGGGAAAUUUGGUUUUAUUAAUGGAGAUUACCCCAAAACCAGUGUUUGAAACUGGAGCCGAAUAUCAAGCGUCGCAAGUUAAUAAUUUAGCCAUAUGUUGUUUAAUUCUGUCGAAGACCCUAUUAAAAUAUAAAGUUAAUAGUCAGAUGUGGAAAGACCUUAAGGAGCGCUACACAGUCGUAGGGGAAAGAAAAUGUUUAACAAAAAGUUGACAAGUACUUUGAGCCCAUUGAUUUAGGCAAUAUUGGAAAGAGCCAGUUGAGAGGAUGCUCGCGCUCUUGUUGGACGUGACAGUCAGUUACAGUGGGUAAACAUUGCCUAAGCACAUUUGACCUCCAACAAUGGUGUCGACAGCAGUGAGGUGGCAGAGGCGGUUCAACUUUUAAGGUCCAGAUGGAGGCCAUUUUGGGGCCCGAAUUGGAGCCAUUUGAAACCUUCAUUUCCAAUCACAUGGAAAGCUCCGAGGAAACAGUUUCUGAGGCUAAGUCAAUGUUCAACAUGAUGAAGCACAAGGAUCCUAACUCCUUUGCUCUUAAGCUUGCUCUUGGCUCUUCCUAUGACAUUUACUCCCGUGAAAAGUGUACUGUCCUCUUAAAACAGUUGCUUACUGAUGAGGAUGACUUGUGCACUUGGAGCAAUCUAAGUGUGUCAACUCAAUCCACCAUCAAAUCAAUCCUCCUUAGUCGAAUCAAGAGCGAAGAAUCAAGAUUCAUCAUCCAAGAGCUCCGUGACACUGUUUCGAAGCUGGCUGCUUCACUUCUUCCAGAUAACAACUGGCCGGAAUUAUUGCCGUUCUUGUACCAGUGCCUCACUUCCACUUCAAACAACUACUUAAAGAGGUCAGCUUUCAUAUUAUUUCGGCAACUAGCCAAGGACAUAGGUGAAACAAUUGUCCCUUGCGUAAAAGAUAUGCACUCACUAUUCUUAAAUACACUGAAUGACGAUACCCUCGAUGUAGAUGUGAGGAUCGAGGCCAUGAGUGCUGUGUUCAACUUCAUUAAGUGCGUAUUGAGUUCAAAUGAAAAGGAGUUGUUUCAGGAUUUAUUGCCAGGUAUGAUGGGGACGUUGACUAAUGCAUUGAGCAACAAUGAGGAGAAGGUUGCAGCACAUGAACCUCUGAAAGUUUUUAUUAAGUUGGCGAAGAAUGAGCCUAGGUUCUUCAGGAGGCAGCUAGUGGAUGUGGUGGAUAUCAUGUUUGAGAUAGCAGAAUCUGAGAGUUUAGAUCAAAGAGCGAGGCACUUUGCGGUUCUAUUCUUUAUAACUUUGAUCGAGGCGAAGGAGAAGGCCGCAGGCAUGCUGAAGAGAUUGCCUUUGUUUAUUAGCAGAUAUUUUGCAAUGUUAUUAAAGUUAUUACUAGAUAGUAAAGAUGACCCUGCUUGGAAUAGUGGCGAGAACGUGCAUGAUUAUGCAGGGAUAUUGAUCUGUGACCACAAAAUUGGCGAGGAGGGUUUGCACCAGUUUUCUCUUGCAUUACAAGGUGAGUUUACUACUCAUAUUGCAAUAGAGCAGUUGUGUGCUUACUUGGCUGCCCCAGAGUGGGAGAAGCGCCAUGCAGCUCUCAUUGCACUUGCUCAGAUAGCUGAAGGUUUCUCAGAGGUGAUGAUUAAGAAUCUGGAGCAAAUGAUGAAUAUGGUUUUAAACUGUUUCCAAGAUCCUCAUCCUCGAGUCAGAUGGGCUGCUUGCUGGGCAAUUUCUCAGUUGUUGAUUGACUUCUCUCCGCUUGUGCAAGAACAAUACCAUAACCAAAUAUUCCUUGCAUUAGCUGCAGCCAUGGAUGAUUUUCAAAAUCCUCGAGUGCAGGCAUUUGCCACGGCAGCUCUCUGCAACUUCUGUGUGCCUGACGAGCCAGAAACUUUGAUACCUUACCUAGAUGGGAUAGUUAACAAACUGCUUGUACUUCUACAGCAUAACAAACAAAUGGUCCAAGAACAAGCAUUAACUGCAUUCUCUUCUAUUGCUCAAUCUGUUAAGGAGCACUUCCGAACAAACUAUGACACUGUUAUGCCACACUUGAGAACUGUCCUGAGAAACGCACAUCUUAAUUCUAAUCUCAUUCUUCGUGCCAGAGCAAUGGAGUGCAUAAGUGUUGUUGGGAUGGCUGUUGGCAUGGAGAAAUUCAAAGAUGAUGUAGAGCAGGUCAUGGAAGUGCUUAUGUCAUUACAAGGAUUACAAGCGAAGGUGGAUGAUCCUACUACUAAAUACAUGCUAGGCGCCUGUACUAGAAUUUGCAAGUGCAUGGGACGGGAUUUUCUUCCUUAUAUGAGUGCAAUCAUGCCAUUUUUAAUUAAAUGUGCUGAACUUGAACCUGUUAUGACCAUAUCUGCGAAGUUGGAUUAUGAAUAUUAUGAGUUAAAUGAUAAUAGUAUAGAGAAAAUCAAGCUUGGAGAUAAAACGACGUUCAAGAAAGGAGAUGUCCCAGAGGAGAAAGUUGUAGCCUGUGAUAUGCUAUGCUGGUACAGUGAUAUAUUGCAGGAAGACUUCUACCCAUGGAUUUCCCAGGUUGUUUCAAUCUUUGUUCCGCUUCUGAAAUGCUAUAUCCACAAUCCUCUCAGGAGAUCUGCUGUUGUAGCAAUGCCCAUCCUGUUGCGUUCUGCUAAACUGGCUUUUGAGAAAGGGAUUGCUCAAGGUGAAAGUGAGUCAUAUUUCGCGAAGUUGUCAGACUAUAUAAUACUGUCUUUGGUAGAGGCUAUGCAUAAGGAACAUGUGACAGAAAUCUGUGCAAUCAUGUUGGGAGAAUUGAAUUAUUGCCUGCAGAUUUGUAGACCACUUCCCACUGAAGGUCAGGUUCGUAGCAUCGUUAAUGAGAUAAAGCAUGCAAUUACAGAAAGUUCAAGUAGAAAACAAGCACUCACAGAGAGAAAUAGACCGGAAGACGUUGAUGCUGAGGAAGCAGAAUUGUUAAGGGGGGAAAGAGAGCAAGAAGAAGAAGUUUUCGAGAAUGUUGGUGAAAUAUUGAUAACAUUGAUCAAAGCUUUCAAGGCUGCUUUCUUGCCUUUCCUUGAGGAGUUGUCACCAUAUUUGUUACCUAUGUGGGCCAAGGAGACAACAACUAAUGAGAGAUGUACAUCUAUUUGUAUCUUUGAUGCUCUUGUGGAGGUGUGCCCUGAAGCAGCUCUAAAGUACUAUGAUGUUUGUCUUCCAUUAAUUUUUGACGCAAGCAAUGAUGAAAAUCCAGCUGUUAGACAGGCUGCUUUUUAUGGACUUGGGCUGUGGGCGGAAUAUGGUCGUUCUUCUUUCAAACCUUUUGUUGCAGAGGCUCUGUCAAGGAUCAAAGUAGUGAUAAUGCAUAUGAAUGCUCUUGAACCUGAGAAUGAAAAAGCAUAUGAUAAUGUUGUUUUUGCACUUAGUAAGAUAUGUCAGUUUCAUGGUGAAAGUAUUGACUUAGCCCAGGUUAUUCCAGUUUGGUUGAAUUGCCUGCCUAUAAAAGCUGACUUGGACGAAGCCAAAGACGUUCAUGAACAGUUAUGUUCAAUGGUCGAAAGGUCAGACAGAGAAGUUUUAGGUCCCAACUAUGAGUACCUUCCAAAAGUUGUUUCCAUUUUUGCAGAGGUUCUAUGUGCCGGAGAGGAUCUUGCUACAGAAGGAAACACGAAACGCAUGAUUAAUCUUUUGAGGCAUUUUCAGGAAACAAUACCACCAGCCACCUUGGCAUUUGCAUGGUCAUUGCUAUUGCCUCAGCACGAGAUGGAGUUGGAAUCCAUUUUAUCAGUGCCUAAGGAAGAUGUUAACAUUUUAACCCAUGCAAUGAAACUUGUAGUCUUGUGCUGUGGGAACCAAACAUUUUGAUUUGGGCAGUGUGGUCUUAUCGGCCUGUCUGGUGCGAUAAUGCUCAGGGUUGGUCAAAUGUGUAAGGUUCAGGGCCAGUUAUGGAGAUCGACUCUUGCAAAGUUCGGACUAGUCAUUUUCUUUCUUCUAAAUUAUAUCUAUUAUACAGUUCAAGUGGUGGUUUUUUUUCUUUAUUUCUGAUGUUUUUGCUAGCAGUUAUUUAUCUGUCCCAUUUUCCAAAUACUCCACUAGCCUCCAGAAACAUUUACCUUUGCCCACGGUUUUGUAAUACGUAUUAAAUUCAUUAGGCACCUCUCUGGCCUUAUAAAUGUAAAACAACAUCAAUGCAGGAGGAAAUUAUCCUUUCA